AUGGGCAUAUUUGAUAAAAUCCGAAGUGUCGAAAAAUUGAACGAAGCGGAGCUGAAGAAUAUUGGAAAUGACCAAGCAUCGUGGCACGACCAAUAUAAGGAUUCCAGUUACAUCUACAUAGGCAACCUGGACAGCAGGCUAACCGAAGGAGACAUCGUUAUCGUAUUUUCUCAGUUUGGCGAACCGAUAGACGUUAACCUGGUGCGCGACAAGGAGACAGGAAAAUCCAAGGGAUACUGCUUCCUGUCAUACGAGGACCAGCGCAGCACAGUGCUAGCGGUGGAUAACUUUAAUGGAUACAAGCUGCUGGACCGGCCUCUAGUGGUUGACCAUAUUUUAAAUUACAGGCUCCCUCAGAAAUAUGCCAACGACGAUGGACAAAGCGAGUACAAACCAAGCGGAGCAGAGGGACAAGGAAUCGGUGUGCACAACGUUAUCGAAAGCGAAAUAAAUUUGACCAAAACGUUCGAAAGAAUACGGAAUAAACAGAGUGAGGAAAAACGGAAGGAACUGAUGGAUGAAGAUGAAUUGUGGGCCCUCAACUUUGAAAAAUCAUUAAACAAAGGGGGUGACAAAGGAGAAAGGCAGAGUGAACAUCGGAGGUCCACUUCGUCUGACAACGUUAAAGACAGAAGGAAGAGACGCCAUGGAGAGAGAUCUGUGUCACCAAAAAGGCAUAAACGGAGGGACAGAAAAAAUGACGAUGAUAUGACCCACAUACGUGACAAGCAUAAGUCUCACCGCAGCAAAGGGGGAAAAUCCCGGAAACGUCGGCGACGAUCACAUAAUAGCGGAAGCAGCGGGAGUAGCAGCAGGUGUAGCAGCAGGCGUGGUGAUAGGAGAAAAGGAAAGAGACGGCAUUAA